CUCACAUCUCUCUCUCUCUCUCUCUCUCUCUCUCACUCACUAACAGUAGAAGGUGCCAAAAAAAAUCUAGUUUUGUGAAGUUUGAAAUGGUUGCGUGAAGUGCGGUAUCUUUGAGUUAUCUUGAGAAAAUUCACACAAACAGUUUGUGUUCUUUUCUCUGUCUUCUUGAAAAUGGGAAAGAAAGAUCAGACCAACAAAGAAAAUGAGAAAGUUCAAGCUGUGCUUCACCUUCUUAGAAAACAAACUCCCCUCACUCUCAAACAGCAGGAGAAAUUUUGCAACAAUGCCUGUGUGGAGAGGUUUCUGAAAGCAAGAGGGGAAAAUGUGAAAAAAGCAGCUAAGCAGUUGAAAAUUUGUCUUGCCUGGAGAGACUCCAUAGGCACUGACCAUUUGAUAGCUGAUGAAUUCUCUGCUGAGCUCGCCGAAGGUGUAGCUUAUGUUGCCGGCCAUGAUGAUGAAUCAAGACCUGUCAUGAUUUUCCGAAUGAAGCAAGAUUAUCAGAAAUUUCGUUCGCAGAAACUGUUUACUAGGCUGCUGGUGUUUACCCUAGAAGUGGCUAUUCAAACUAUGGGAAAAAAUGUCGAACAAUUUGUUCUUCUCUUUGAUGCCAGCCUUUUCCGGUCAGCAUCAGCUUUUAUGAACAUGUUGCUGGCAACAUUGAAGAUCUUAGCAGAUUAUUAUCCAGGCAGGCUUCACAAGGCCUUUGUCAUUGACCCUCCUACCCUCUUCUCUUAUCUUUGGAAGGGAGCUAGGCCAUUUGUUGAGCUAUCCCCACUCACUAUGAUAGUGUCAUCUUUGGACUUUGAAGAAUCUUUGGAAUUCAAUGAUUUUCUAUCGUAUCCAAGAGCAGCAUCACUCCGUUUGGAUCCUUCCUCUGUACCAUCAACCAAUAAAGUAGGGACGUGCGCUUCGUCAAGAUUUGCAUUCACCGUUUCACACCAUUUUGAUUCACUCAAACCUUGGCACUUGACGUUGAAGGAUACAUCCACAUCUAAAGUGGGAACCACGACCACAUCUUUGGCUUCCUUUGGUCCCACUAUCUCGCCCCUUAAUGCUCGAUCCUACUCAUUCGCAUCACCGACUGCUAGAGGGUCAUAUGGCAACAUCGGAACCAUCAAGAAGGGUUUCUUCCCAUCAACACCAAUGCCACAAAAAACUCAAAAACUAGAUCCAUCAAUGAUCAAGCAUCCAAGUACUCCAAGGCCUUCAUUCCUCCAAUCGCCUGCUUUGUUUUUCAAGAGGGACUGUCAAUUAACUCGAAUGGAAAAAUCUCGAGAAUCAUUCGUCCCAUUUUUGAAAUUUUAUCGUCGACCGUAUGAUGAAAUGAUUUAUAGGUCAAAGAUGAGACCUCCUCUAGGUGGCCUCAUUUCCAUCGUCUCUUCUCAGCUCAAGCGAGGACACAUAUCGGUCUCCCAACGGUUUUGAUCCUAUAGCAAGAAUGCAAAAUAAUGUAUUAACCAAGAUUCAGAUAAUCGAAUUAUUGUUUCAUAAUCUCUAUUUUAAUGCAUGCACUAUACAUUUAUUUUGCCCGCCUAA